GCGCUGGUGAACUUGGAGCAGCGCCUACAGCUACGCCCCGGACGCCCGAUCGCCGGCCCGGGGGCUGCAGUGACCGGGUCCCGGCUCUAUUGUGGCUGCCCGGGGGAGGAUGGUGUCCCUUUCCGGUGGGAGCCGCCGGCGAGAAGCGACCCCGCGGCCUUCCUGGGCCCCAGCCGGUCUGCGGCCGCGGUCCGCUCGGCGCCAGCCCCGAGUGCCAGCUCUGCAGGAAGCGGGAGCGUUUCCUGGUCGGGUCAGGCCGCCCCGAAAUGGCAUUUCUGGCGGGUGAAAAGUACAGGAGAACUCCCCAGCCCAGCGGGCAGGCCUGGAGCCCUACUUUGACUUCAUCAUCACCAUUGGGCACUCGCGGCUGGUGAGGCCCCCCUACUUUGCUUAACAAGGAGAAUGACACACUCAAGGCCCUGCUGAAGGCCAAUGUGGAGAAGCCGGUGAAGCUGGAAGUGUUCAACAUGAAGACCAUGAAGGUGCGAGAGGUGGAAGUGGUGCCCAGCAACAUGUGGGGCGGCCAGGGCCUGCUGGGAGCCAGUGUGCGCUUCUGCAGCUUCCGCAGGGCCAGCGAGCAUGUGUGGCAUGUACUGGAUGUGGAACCCUCUUCGCCUGCCUCCCUUGCUGGCCUGUGCCCCUACACGGACUACGUGGUUGGCUCAGACCAGAUCCUCCAGGAGUCGGAGGACUUCUUCUCACUCAUCGAGUCCCACGAGGGGAAGCCCUUGAAGCUGAUGGUUUAUAAUUCGGAGUCCGACUCCUGCCGGGAGGUGACUGUCACUCCCAAUGCAGCCUGGGGUGGAGAGGGCAGUCUGGGCUGUGGUAUUGGCUAUGGGUAUCUGCACCGAAUCCCAACCCAGCCCCCAAGUCACCACAAGAAGCCACUUGGUGUCCCGCCACCUAGCACCCCACCACCUGGUACCCCACCACCUGGUACCCUGCUGCCUGGACCCAACCCCCAGGACUCUCCUGCCCCUCCUGGCCUGGAGACAAGCUCAAGGCAGGGUGACUAUGUGGAGGCCCUGUUGCAGGCACCUGGCUCCUUCCCAGAGGAACAGCUUCCUGGGCCUGAGAGUCCUGACCACAGCACUUCAGGCCUUGGCGACUUUCCCUGUUCCAUGGAGAUUCCUCUCCAGCCUCCGCCCCCACUGCAGCGAGUCAUGGACCCAGGCUUCCUGGACGUGUCUGGCAUCUCCCUCUUGGACAGCAGCAAUGCCAGUGUCUGGCCCAACCUGCCCUCCUCCACGGAGCUGACCUCCACGGAGCUGACCUCUACAGCGGUCUCAGCCUCAGGGCCAGAGGACAUCUGCUCUAGUGGCAGUUCUCAUGAGCAUGGUGGUGAGGCCACAUGGUCUGGGUCAGAGUUUGAGGUCUCCUUCCCAGACAGCCCAGGCACCCAGGCCCAGCCGGACCACCUGCCUCAGCUGACACUUCCUGAUAGCCUCACCUCAGCAGCCUCACCAGAAGACGGGCUGUCUGCCGAGCUGCUCGAAGCUCAGGCUGAGGAGGAGCCAGCAAGCACAGAGAGCCCAGAUUUUGGGGCAGAGGCCGAGAGGGCAGCGAGCCAGGCCCAGCCCUCCACCCCCAAAUAACACCCUGGGCUAUGUCAAGGCCCUUUGAUGGCAUUUCACGAGGCCCAGGAAUGGGGAAGCAGCUCAGGCCACACCCUGUGGCCCAGCUGCCUGUGUUAUGCUUCCUAGGCUGCACCUCCAAGUGCUGUGCAGGGGAGGGUUUUGUGUCCACUCAGACCCUACUGGUCUCUAAGAGAUGACCUCCCAGCAUUCAUUCUGCCUGAUGGUCCUGGCUUUGAGGAAUUGGGCUCUUGUUUGAGAAUCUCAAACAGGUACUUCUGUGGUGGUAGGGGGCUGGGAGCAGUGCCCAGAAUAAGUAUGUUUUCCAGGAGCUGGGGUAGGAGAGAAAAGGAUUCUUUGCUGCUUGGGUGGCACAUGGCAAGAGGAGGCCAUGGGCCUUGGGCAAGGGUAUCAUUUGGCCCUCAGAUCUAUUUCUUGCUCCUCCUCUGGUAACUAUGGCUGCACAGGAGGUAGCAGGGUCCAAGCACCAUUAGGUGUGAAGAUGGGGUGACAGAGGAAGGGGUUGGUGUGGAGUGUUUGCCUCAUUCCUCUGUGGGGCUUGCCUUGAUUCUUCCUGCACAGCUCAGACAGCCCUAUUUAUAAUGGAAGCCCCUCUAAGCCUUGGGGACUCCUACCACCCCAACUACUGUCUCACUCUGCUACACUACACAGUUGGCUCAGGCUGACCACAUAUACCAGUCAUGGUUGGAGGAGAGGCAGUGAACUUGCCCACCUCUCCUGAGGGAGGAGGGUUGGAAAUUCUAAGCCCUUCAGCAAAGACUCACCUACCCUUGGACCACGAUGCUUCUUCUCUUCUACACCCCACAGACAUUAGUGCCCCUAGCUGUGACUCCUGUCAGCAUAUAAACUUUUACAACCGUCUCUUCUAAACACACGAGUCAUCCAACCAGCCUCAGUGGUAAAUAAAAGCUACAAAUUUAAGUUCACCACCCUAAGCAAACUCUCAAAGCUGGUCCUCCUGACUGGAUCUCUUUACACACAGUUCCCACCCCAAAGGGGAAUGAGGGGCCUAGACAAGAGUAAGGGGCCCUUCUUUCUCAAAGUGUGGGAGGGGGCUGUGCUCCUCACCUCCAGGGCCUUGAGGGGCUAAGACUAGGUUGGGUCUUCUUUGGCUAGAGUCCCCCACCUUCCCACAGCCCUUGCAGCCUCUGGCCUGGCUUUCCAGCCUAAGCCCAGUUGAAAAUCCCACUUUUACCACUUGCUUUGGAAUGUCUGCACUUAUAGGGAACUGUUGCUCAUAGGACUGCUUGGAGUGGGGGAGGGGGGCCCGCAGAGACCAAGUAUAUGGUGGGAGGGCCCCAAAUUAGUAAACAUUUCAUGUUUCUAGCACCGUGACUGCUUUUAAAAAGCAAGCCUUUGUCAGGUCUACCAGAGCAGCUGAUAAGCCUGCAGAACAGGGAGGCAUUGUGUCCAAAGCCAAUGCCAGAGCCUGGUUCCUAGAUUGUCUGGGAGCCCAGUAUCCACCUACAGGAAUCUAGGAAGUAGAACAGAAUCACCAUGGGCCUGUUCUGAGGCCAGCUUCCCUUCACUAUAGCCUGGCAGUCUGACCUGGAGUCAUCCUCAACCAAGGGACCUGGUUUUCCCUUCCUCGUUGUUAUACACCCCCCCCCCAAACUGGGGGGGUUAAAAUGGGUAUCAAUGCUAAUUAUUUCCAGGGUAAACACAAAACCAGAAGUUUCUUACUUUCUCUGUAGCCUGCUAUGAAGGAAAAUGACAAGUGAAAAAAAUAAAUGUGUACUACACUUUGAAAUAUUUUAA